UGAUUGAAAGGGGGGAAUUUAUACAUUUGACAUUCGAAAGGGAUAUUUGUCUAUCUAGCGAUCUCUCCAAAAGAUAGGCUAUCUGCUUUGUAACUUGGAGGUAACUUGUUAUGUUAGCAAGUUAGCUAACCACUUGCUACUGCUAACUAGUGCGUUGACCGCGUUGGCUAGCCAGUUUGCUAACGUUGGCUAAUUUACCCAUCCGGCUAGAAUUGCAAGACUGGUGUACCUAGCUAUCCAUUAUGGUUAUCAAGCCCACCAGUUGACCAUCAAAAUAUGAAUCGCGUUAUUGUAGUUAGCCAGUCAUAGCUAAUAUAACUUAGUUACUUUCUCUUGCGCGUUAGUGUCAAGUUAUUUUUAUGAAAUAUUUCGUUGUCAUUGAUGGUUGCACAUUUAUUCCUACAAUAUAUCGUUAGUAGGCAAAGUUUUGUCCUAGCUUGCUAGCUAACAGUAAUCUUCUAGUCUUUGCCUACCGACCAAUUACUACACGUACGACAGCUAGAUUACAGCUAGCAAACUAGACCAUUUCGUUAUUGUUUUACCAUUUACGCCUGAGGCAUCCGAGCGAUAUUAAUGUAAUUCAUAGUUAUUAACUCGGUGGCUAGCGAUGUUACUUGGAAAAGCAUCCAUUUUGAGAUUGAGACAUGAUGGACCAGAAAGCUGCCUAACUAAUUCGUUAAGGUCAAACUAUGCAUGUAGGCACACCUCAGGCGUGGAGUGUUGAAUUGCUUUGAAGCUUAAAUUCAUUAUUUCAGAAUCAAGAUAAUUUGACGUAUAGUUUUGUUUCCUGUUUGGCGAUAGGGAUUUAGACCUCCUCUUCCUCUGUCCUCGAUGCCAACAAAACAGCCGUCGAAGAAGCAGACGAAAAGAGUGCACUCGGAACUCGUUGGUGACAUCAGAGCUUCCCUUUCUUCAGACAGAGCCUUACUUUGUUCCGACAGGAUGAUGGCCAAAGAUGUUGGUCUGAUGGAAACCAACGGAGAACUGAAGGUUUUUAUUGACCAGAAUCUGAGUCCUAGUAAAGGUGUCUUGUCUCUGGUUGCUGUACAUCCUGCAUCCAUCCCUGUGGCCAAACAACUACUGCCCAAAACACUGGGGCUCUCCAAUGUCAACAUUGCGCCACACAUGGUUAUUGGUACGCCCCAGAGGCCCAGUGUUUCCAGUGCCAUACUGGUGAACAGCCCUCACACACCCAGCUCCCAGUUCCUCACACAGAGCCAGCCGGCCGACGCGUCGCCUUGGUCAUCGGGGAAGCGUGGUAAGAAGGGGGAGAAGAAUGGCAAGGGCCUGAGGCAUUUCUCCAUGAAGGUGUGUGAGAAGGUGCAAAAGAAGGGUGUCACCUCGUACAAUGAGGUGGCAGACGAGCUGGUGGCGGAGUUCAGCGCUGCAGACAACCACAUCUCCCCCAAUGACUCUCAUGUGUAUGACCAGAAGAACAUCCGUAGGCGUGUGUACGACGCGCUCAAUGUGCUUAUGGCCAUGAACAUAAUCUCGAAAGAGAAGAAAGAGAUCAAGUGGAUUGGUCUGCCCACCAACUCGGCCCAGGAAUGCCAGAACCUAGAGCAAAUAGCCUUUAAGAACCUGGUGCAGCGGAACCGACAGACGGAACAGCAGACCAACAGACCUCCACCCCCCAACUCUCUCAUCCACCUCCCCUUCAUCAUUGUCAACACUAGCAAGAAGACUGUCAUCGACUGCAGCAUCUCCAACGACAAGUUUGAGUACCUGUUCAACUUUGACAGCAUGUUUGAGAUCCACGACGACAUUGAGGUGCUGAAGCGCAUGGGCAUGGCCUGUGGCCUGGAGGUGGGCAAGUGUUCCCCGGAGGACCUGAAGGUGGCACGUAGCCUGGUGCCCAAAGCCCUGGAGCCCUACGUCACAGAGAUGGCCCAGGGCCCCAUCAGUAACGUCUACAUCACUGGAGGAUCCUCCACCAACGGGGGGCGCCAUCACGGCCAGGGCAGUGACAGUGGUGCAGAUGGUACCCUGGCCUCCAGCUCUAAUGACUCUCACUACAGCGGCUCCCGUGUUGAGACUCCUGUGUCGUACAUGGGGGAUGAUGACGAGGAGGAUGACUAUGAUGAGAAUGACGAUGAAGAUUAACCUCCUGCCACUCCACGCAUUUCUCAUCUCCAACAUGCAGUCUGUCUCUGCAUCUCUCUCUGUAUCGCUUUCUCUCAAGGGCGUUGAAGAAUGUUUGAGUAUGGAGGCUGUGCAACCCUCUUCUCAGAGCUGGGUCCGGAAUCACAUGAUAGCCAAUGGCACUCUGGGAAGUGUAGUGUAUGGCUUUGGCACUGUGCUGCGUCCUUUCUGUGUAUUAUCACCCUCUUCUUGGCAAGCCAUCCCACCCGAGAAUAAAGCUACAACAAAAAAUCUUCCAGCCAACUCAUUGCUGUUGGAGAAUGUAUAGUGUUCCUUGUGUGUGAAAUAGUUAUCUUUAUUAUGUUUUGAUUACGUUGGAGAGACUCAAUGGUGAACCACUGUUUCAAGAUGGCUGCCAGUGUAACUGCACCAGACCGCUGGCUCAGAGACAUUCACUGGAUCCAAAAUGGCUGAUUUAGUUGCCACAGCGCCCUAAGAAAGAUUGAGACUGCCCUUUUGAAAGUGUGGACACUAUUUUGUUACACCUCCCCUCCCCUGCUAUUUGUGGCAUUGAUUUCAAGCAGAGAAAUUGUAUCUGCUCCCCACAGUUCUGUAGGCAGCUGCUUUUCUGGUCCUUGUUUUUGGAGCGUUUUAGCAGCGACUCAAUCCCUCAGACCCUGUCACACCGUGGUAGUGUUUACAAAUGACUGGCACCAGCGAAGAAAAUAACUCCUACCCACGCUAACUAUAGGACAAUGUUAGGCUUUGUUUUGAAAUGUAAACGGAUCCUGUGAAGGUUGUAGUUCAUAGCAUCCUUUACAGGUCAUUGGCGAAGGAAGGCCUGGACAUGAUCGACGUAUCAAAUAUGUGGGUUGUGUAGGUCUCUAUGGACUCACUUCGAAGAUCUCCUUUUUCAAACUGAACAACCCAUGUACUGAUUCUUCCAAAAUACCUUUUCUGUAAUCUAAUAUAAGUUUGAAAAUUAAAUAUAGAGAAUGUUUUAACAAGUUGACUUCAGUGAGCGUUUGUGCGGUUUUAUAACUUCUAAUCUGAAAAGCAGUUGGGUGAUGUUUUCUCAAUUGUCUUCAAUAGCUGAACUAGGACGUUAACCUCAAAUGUGUCAAACAUAUUAAAUCUAAUGGGAAAUCUGUGUU